GGGAAAACCAAGACAGAUUGAGAAAGGGGAGAGGCCCCAAGCACUGUGCCGGAGGGGUGUAUAUAUACAUGUGUGACUGGCGCUCUGAUCAUCACACUCGCCUGGCGCUCUGUUUGUACGCCUAGCCUCCAUCGCUCCACUGACAUCUCAAAGAUGCGGUGUGUCAUCGCCCUGUUGGCUGUGGCAUCUCUGGUUUCUGUGGUGACCGCGGAGCCGGAACCUUUGUGGGAUCGUGUGAGAAACGCAGCAAGAAACGUGUGGGAGUUCCCAGGUGAAGUUCGACGGGGAACUGGUGCCAUGAUUAAAGCCUACAAGGACAUGCGGGAGGCCAACUACAUCGGCGCAGACAAGUACUUCCACUCCAGAGGUAACUAUGAUGCCGCCAAGCAUGGAGCAGGAGGCCGCUUUGCUGCCACAGUCAUAAGCAACGCUCGGGAGUUGACGGACACUCUCAGGGGUAAGGGCGGAAGUGAUUCGGCGAGGGACCAGGAAGCCAACCGCUGGGGCCGCAAUGGUGGUGACCCGAACCGCUACCGACCAAGAGGGUUGCCCGAAAAAUAUUAAGGAUAUCUCUGACCGGCUGUUUGGAGGGAUCUUGUAUCCUCACUUCGUUGUUGACCGUUCCUGUGACUUAUCCAAACCUCACCAAUUCAUCCUUGGGUCUUCUGGCACCACCAGACAAACAUCUAAUUUGCCUUUCAUCCUUUGAUGUUAUUUGCAUCACAAUGAAACAAGAAGGUGACGUCCUCGCCCUUACAAUAUAUAGAUGACGUCCUUACUCUUACAACAUACAGAUGACGUCCUUACUCUCACAACAUACAAAUGACGUCCUUACUCUCACAACAUACAGAUGACGUCCUUACUCUCACAACAUACAGAUGACGUCCUUACUCUCACAACAUACAGAUGACGUCCUUACUCUCACAACAUACAGAUGACGUCCUUGCUCUC